AUGACCAGCGAAAGUAUCACCCGUCUUCGUAUCGUUUUCAUCGUCUGGUGUAGCUUGCUUUUCUCACUUUACGUCUAUUUGUGUGUGCCGUCGUUAUCCGUUUCGAUCGCUUUCUGCUUGAUCAACGCGUUCAUCGUUUGUUUCGCGUGUGUCGGCAUUCGAGCGCAAAUCUCGCUUUUCAUUUUCCCCAACAUCAUUUUCAAGUCUCUAAUGGUGAUGGUUCUUCUAUUCAUCGCUUGCAUUUCCCUUGACGCGAUUCACAUGAAAGUUCGCAAUGAAAUGAGAAAAUCGAAGGCGAAUCAAACGGAGCAAAUCGUCGACAAUUGGAUCGAUGAGAAGAUGAGCGAGUCUCCCUUUCUGCGCUCACUCAUCACCACGCAAGCCGAUCCAUUCUUCGUCGUUUGGCUGAUGUGUUUCGUGCUUCUGCUUUGUGCAGAAAUUAGGCUCUGUUUCGCCGUCGCCUACAAGAAUCUCGGGCCGAGGGCGGGGAAUGGAGGUGAUCACUCCACUUCACCGAUGGAGAUUGUGACGAUCAAGCAAGCCCCACCGCCAUCCUAUUCGCAUUGCAUCAGAAGGGAUUCACAAGUUUCGACAAAACAAACGGAUAGCGAUGAUCUGCCGACGUACGAGGAAGCGAAUGAGAUCGUGAAGAGGAGAAUGAGCCUCGUCUCCGGCGAUGUCCCGUGCUCGUCGCGUUCCGGCAGCAUCUACACAUCGACGGCUCUGAUGAAAAUACCUCCUCCACCGGCCACCCUUCACUUG